CCCGCGGUACGCGCGCGCGCGAGACACCAGACGAGUCUCGACUCUUGGCUCGGCCGGACGUGACGUAAUAUAACCGUUUUUCUCUCUUUUUCUCUUUCUCUUUCUCUCUCUCCCACCGUCUCGUGGCUACGUCGUGUGAGCGAUAAUGUUAACCCUCUGCUACCAUCGCCGUGAACGUUGUUUGUUUUAAUAAAAAAUAAAUUAAGAGAAAAAAACAUCGCUUUGCGGUGAAUUUUUUUUUUUAAUUUUGAAAAAGAAAUAAAAAAAAUUCAGAGAGAACAUAAACUGACAGAUUCGUUCGGCGAAAGUGAGCGAGACGCGGGCACGCGAGACAUCAGUGUGAAGUUAUUUUUUUUUGGUUGAGGGUUGUGAGUGAGUUGUUUCUUUUUUCAAUCAUCCUGGAUAUAUAUACAUAUAUCUCUUUAACGAGGGGGAUCAAUUGAAAGAUAUAGACACAGAGCAAAGAGUCGUGUGGUGUAGCGCGCAGGACGGCCCAAAGAUGCUGACCAUGUCGACGCUGAUGAUGCCGACAACUAUGACUACCAUGACUAAUCCUGGACCUAUACCGGCUCAUAGCGUGCCGCAGCAGAAACUCGAACCACCGAAAUUACAACCGACGCCACAAAUUGCUCAUCAAACCAAUCAGAAUGUUAAUGUUAAUAAAUCAGAACACUACCACAUAUUCGUCGGUGACCUGAGCCCGGAGAUCGAGACGCAGACGCUGAGGGAAGCAUUUGCUCCCUUUGGAGAAAUCUCAGACUGUAGAGUCGUAAGGGACCCACAGACGAUGAAAUCCAAAGGCUAUGGCUUCGUAUCUUUUGUAAAGAAAGCGGAAGCGGAAAGCGCUAUCGGUGCGAUGAACGGCCAGUGGCUCGGUAGCAGAAGCAUUCGAACGAAUUGGGCGACCCGCAAGCCGCCGGCGCCCAAAUCCGAAGCGAACGCGAAGCCACUGACGUUCGAUGAGGUUUACAAUCAGAGCAGCCCGACCAAUUGCACCGUUUACUGUGGGGGUUUAACCAAUGGCCUCACGGAAGAACUCAUGCAGAAAACCUUCUCGCCCUUCGGCUCAAUCCAAGAGAUUCGAGUUUUCAAAGACAAGGGCUAUGCUUUCAUCAGGUUUUCUACGAAGGAGUCCGCAACGCACGCUAUCGUCGCCGUCCACAACACAGACAUCAACGGCCAGACGGUGAAGUGCAGCUGGGGCAAGGAAAGCGGAGAUCCCAACAACGCCCAGCAAACCGGACAGGCACUAUCGUCAGCCACGUAUCCAUAUUACGCAGCAGCAGCAGCAGCGGCAGCGGCAGCCGCUGGAGUCGCGGGUGUUAGUGGUGUUGGUGGGGUUGGCAGUGCUGGACAGCUGGGCUACUGGUAUCCACCUCAGUCGUACCCUACGACGGCUACGCAGAUGCAAGCUGGUGGUUUUCUCCAAGGAAUGCAAGGUUACACGUACGGCCAGUUUCCUGGUUAUCAGCAAGCCCAGUAUAUGGGAAUGGGAAUGGGAGUGCACGCGGCUGGCACAGCAGCAGGUUGGGGUCAGGGUUUGCCUGGUGGGCCGCAACUGCCACCCCAUCAUGCAACGACAGUCACGGCGCCACCAGGCGUCCAAGCCGCUCCGCCACCACCUCCACCACCGGCACAAAUGAUGGCCUAUCCGAUGCAACAGUUCCAGCUAGCGGAUGAGGAUUGGCUGACGCCUAGCCUCCUAGUGUGAUGGUAAGCAAGCGCGAAGAUAGAGCCCCUGCCCCAAGCACGCAGACAGGACCGAUCGUAAAGCGCCAGACGCCUCAGCCGGCAUCAUCCGCAACGUUAGUUCGGACGACGCCACCAACUACUACUAGUACUAUUACUACUACUAUUACAACUACUACAACUACUACUGCUACUACUACUACCACCGAGACCGUUAUCAUGACUAUGGCUACAAUUACAAUGACGAUGACCACGGCCACGAGGACUACAACAACAACGCCAAUACAAAAUCGCAGACCCAAUCAACGAGCGAGGAGCAACAGCGAUCAGCCAAAGAGACGCGUCGCAGUGCCACUGCCCGCUUGAUCAUUCACGUUGCGAUCGAUCACGUCCGAUCGAUUCGACUAAUAAAUGCAUAAAAAAACAUAUAUAAAUAUAUACAUAGGUGUGUACUAAAACUCGGUAAGGGAAGGAGGAGGAGGAGGAAGGGAGAGACGCUACGACGGUUUCCACUGUGUGUAAAUGUAAAUGUGUGUUAUAGUUAUAGCCUGUGCGUGAAUUUGUUGUAUGAGUUGCGAGGUGUGUACGUGUGCGCGCGCGCGUGUGUGUGUGUGUGUACGCACACACAUACGCGCGCGCGCGCAAACACACUUUUUUCGCGCUGUACAUCGCACACGGCGCGCGCGAGCGCAACGAAGAACAAAAGAAACAGAAAAAAUACAUGUAACUAGCACAGAGAGGCGAUUCGUUAUUUUUGUAGAUUCCGUGAGUGCUUAUGCAGCUCCCGAACAAAGUGGCACCGUCAAAUUGCGCCCUCUCUCGCUCGUCCCGUGACGCUGUGUUGUGUAUAAAACAGAGAAAGAGAGAGAGAUAAAGAGAGAAGAAAAACUUGCACGUCGUAGCGACGUAGAAAAGUGGAUUUAAAAAAAAUAACAUGACGAUAGGAAAAGCAAAGUAGAUAGUUAGUUAGGUAUUAUUGCGUUAAAAAGAUACCAACAACCAGAAAAAAAAGUAAAAAGAUAAUUAGCAAUUGCCGAUUCUCUCGCUCUCGAGGGCCGACGUAAAAUUCGACGACACGACAACGAAAUCGGCCGCGCGCGCUCUCAUAAUAUGACUAUAUAACGGUUUAUCUUUCACGCGCCGCUAAAGGGGGAAUGUUUCAUUAGAUAUAAUAGCUCCACGGACAAAUUUUUCGCUAGUGAGAACAAAAGUAAUUGGCUCGUGCGAUCGCUGUGAUAAGACCAAUACAACAACAAAUUAUUGACGACGACGAUGAUGAUGAUAAAGAAGAAAAACGUACUUUUGUAAGAUUCCCAUAAGCUAGUAUUUUCAUAAAAAAGAAAAAAAGAUGUCAAACGAGCAUUUAUUUUCGAAUAUUAAGGAUGCUUUUUUAACAGGCAAGAGCAUUUGUUGGCUUUCGUAGUAGAACAAAAAAGUUUUCUAUUCACAUUUGCUAUAUUUUUUACAAAGGAAAAAACAAAACACAUAAAUAUAAUAAAAUAAAUGAAAUAUAAAAAAACUCGGUUGCAUCGCCACCGUCGUCAACUACUUUUCCUCUCGAAAGGUGACGAAACGGACAAAGCCUAUACGUCGUUCAUCUCUGCGAAGAGUUACAAUCAUCAAUAAAUAAAUUAAAAAAAUGAAAAAUGCCAACAUAUUUCGAUAUACACAUAUUUAAAAAAAAGCAGUAAUAAUAAAUGACGAAGAGUUACUCCUAGUCUAGGACACACGCACACACUGCGCCAGUCGACCUUUGUAAACCGAACGAAAGUGAGUUAAAAACUUACACAUAGACUUUUUUAUAAUGAAAGAAUACAAAAGUAAAUAUUCAUUAAUGAGUAACCGAGAACGACGUCUGCAUUUCGAAUUUCUAUUCGACAUAUACACAUAUACGUGCACUAGACGCAAACAUAACUAUCACGAGACUCAAUUAAAAAGAAAACAACACGCAAUGUAUGCUGCGGACCUCGAGAGGCGAGAUUAUGUUAACAUAAGAAAAAAAAUCCGUAGAUAGACACAUAAUUGCACACAGCACGAAAGUUAGUGAUUAGUCCAUGAAUAAGCAACAAAAAAUAACGAAGAAAAAUAACGUACACACAGCAAAAAAUAUAUAUACAAAAAAAAACUGUACUUAAGAAGUGAAGAAUCUCUCUCGUGGUCGCGUGUUCCGUGCUGUCACAAAGUCGGGCUUUUUUAAUUUUAUUCUUUUUUGUCCUCUCCGACAAAGCGGAGAAAAAAGUAAGAGAGAGGGAGAGAGAGAGAGAGAGAGAGAGAGAGAGAAAGCUUAUGCAUGUGGCGAGAUGCGUCUCCUUUCGACGGAAAUCACGAAUCCUUUCAUGGUUAGGCGAACCGCUUUUGUCACAGAAGCGAAUUGCAAAUUUUAUCUGAGAGUAUUUUUGGAAUUCUCUUUUGCCUGGAUCGAAAGCGAAAGAAGACGCGACCAUUAAGUGAUCAGCUAGUUAAGACGAUUGUAAAGAGUUUUUCAAUGAUUGUGUUUUUUUAUAAGUUAUAAUAGCAAUGCACUCAUGCAAAGAAAUAUUACGGUGUUGCGUAGAAAAAGGUUUACAUCUAGAUUACGAAAAAUUGACUGAUUCUAUUACUUUUUUAUUACAUCACGACAUUCAGUAUUUUACUUGGAAACGUAUUCACGCGCAAAAUAAUAUCAAGAUCACAAAUAGAUUCAAUCAUCGAUUUGACUUUUAAGUAAAAAUAAUCAUCGCAAAAAUUUCUUUGUGUCGGACACUGUUAUUAUUUUAUAACUGAGUGAACUGAUAAGAUUAGCAAUGAAAAAAGAGUGUUUGAAAAUGAAUAAAAGCUAUAAAAUAAUAACGCACUGCGAGC